CACCGUCUGGAGGCCAUGCUGUUUGCCAUUGAUCUCAUCAACAAAGACCCCGACCUGCUGCCCAACAUCACUCUCGGGGCACGUAUUCUGGACACCUGCUCACGUGACACCUACGCCCUGGAACAGUCGCUCACUUUUGUGCAAGCGCUGAUUGAGCGGGAUUCCUCUGAUGUACGCUGUGCUAGUGGAGAGAUGCCCAUUUUUGCCAAACCCGACAAGAUUGUGGGUGUGAUUGGAGCUGCGGCUAGCUCUGUCUCAAUUAUGGUGGCAAACAUCUUGAGACUGUUCAAGAUUCCUCAGAUCAGUUACGCGUCCACCGCUCCCGAGCUCAGCGACAACACCCGCUAUGAUUUUUUCUCACGGGUCGUGCCCCCGGACUCCUACCAGGCCCAGGCCAUGCUGGACAUCGUCACGGCGAUGGGCUGGAACUAUGUGUCCACACUGGCCUCAGAAGGGAAUUAUGGGGAGAGCGGGGUGGAGGCCUUUGUGCAGAUCUCCCGUGAGUCUGGUGGUGUAUGUAUAGCCCAGUCUCUGAAGAUCCCCCGAGAGCCCAGACCUGGAGAAUUUGAUAAAAUCAUUCAGCGGCUGCUGGAGACACCAAACGCUCGUGCCAUCAUCAUGUUCGCGAAUGAGGAUGACAUAAGACGCAUUCUGGAUGCAGCCAAACGCAACAAUCAAACAGGCCACUUCCUAUGGGUGGGGUCUGACAGCUGGGGCUCAAAGAUAGCCCCCGUGAUCCAACAGGAGCGAGUGGCAGAGGGGGCAGUUACCAUCCUGCCAAAGAGAGCAUCCGUGGAAGCUUUUGACCGAUACUUCCGAAGCCGAUCUCUGUCCAACAACAGGAGGAAUGUUUGGUUUGCAGAAUUCUGGGAAGAGAACUUUGGAUGCAAGCUAGGGAUGCAUGGUAAACGUCCUGGCAGCCCCAAGAAAUGCACUGGCCUGGAGAAAGUGGGCAGGGACUCAAGUUAUGAGCAGGAGGGGAAGGUGCAGUUUGUGAUGGAUGCUGUGUAUGCCAUGGCCCAUGCUCUACACCGCAUGCACAGAGACCUGUGCUCUGGAACCCCUGGUCUCUGCCCUCGCAUGAGUAACAUCGAUGGCAAAGAACUGCUCGGCUACAUCCGAGCCGUCAACUUUAACGGCAGUGCCAAAACUCCCGUUGUAUUUAAUGAAAAUGGGGAUGCUCCAGGGCGCUACCAUAUCUUCCAGUAUCAGAUCACCAAUGGAUCAACAACGGAGUAUAAAGUUAUCGGUCACUGGACAGAUCAGCUGCACUUAAAUAUGGAUGCCAUGCAGUGGGCUAGUGGAGACUCCAGUAUACCCACCUCAGUGUGCAGCUUACCUUGCCAAACGGGUGAGCGGAAGAAGAUUGUAAAGGGUGUGCCCUGCUGCUGGCACUGUGAACGUUGUGAGGGAUAUCACUACCAGGCCACGGAGUUCACCUGCCAGCUCUGCCCUUAUGAACAACGCCCCGAUGCCAAUCGCACUGGGUGCCAGCCCAUUCCCAUCAUAAAGCUGGAGUGGAGUUCACCAUGGGCAGUGGUACCUGUUUUCAUUGCCAUCCUUGGCAUCCUCGCCACCACUUUUGUAGUUGUCACCUUCGUUCGCUACAAUGACACGCCCAUCGUGCGGGCGUCUGGACGUGAAAUGAGCUACGUGCUGCUGACGGGAAUUUUCCUCUGCUACGUCAUCACUUUCCCCAUGAUUGCCGCUCCUGAUGUGGCUGUCUGCUCUUUCCGCCGGGUGUUCCUGGGUCUGGGCAUGUGCUUCAGCUACGCCGCUUUACUCACCAAAACCAACCGCAUCCACCGAAUCUUUGAGCAGGGAAAACGCUCGGUGGCCGCGCCCCGGUUCAUCAGCCCCGCCUCUCAGCUGGUCAUCACUUUCAGCCUGAUCUCUGUGCAGCUCCUGGGUGUGUUUGUGUGGUUUGUGGCAGACCCACCUCACACAGUGGUGGAUUAUGGCGAACAGCGAACGCAGGACCCUGAAAAUGCUCGUGGAGUGCUCAAAUGUGACAUAUCAGAUCUCUCUCUGAUCUGCUCACUGGGUUACAGUAUCCUGCUGAUGGUCACAUGCACUGUCUAUGCUAUCAAGACCAGGAGUGUGCCAGAGACCUUCAACGAGGCCAAACCGAUUGGAUUUACCAUGUACACCACCUGCAUCAUCUGGCUGGCUUUCAUCCCAAUCUUCUUUGGCACGGCACAGUCUGCGGAGCGGAUGUACAUCCAGACGGCAACACUGACCGUUUCUCUGAGCUUGAGUGCCUCGGUGGCCCUUGGGAUGCUCUACAUGCCCAAAGUCUAUAUCAUCAUCUUUCACCCUGAGCAAAACGUACCCAAACGCAAACGCAGCUUCAAGGCCAUCGUCACUGCUGCAACCAUGUCGAGCAAACUCAGCCAGCUGGCCAGUGAGAGACCAAACGGAGAAGUUAAGACAGAACUCUGCGAGAACAUGGACGCCAACAUCCCACCAUCAAAAACCACUUAUGUCAGCUACACUAACCAUGCCAUAUGAGGACCCAGGCUGAACAGAAGAUUCUGGGAUUGUUUACCAUCAGACAUGGAUGUCUCUGGCUCAGAAAUAAUAAUGACCUGUGUCAGCCCCAUAAAGCAUGAGACAUUAAUGUUGUCAAUGGUAAAGCAGACAAAUUGUUGAAAAGAUACAAUGAAAUGGAUGCAUUGGAUUUCCUUGAAUCCACACUAGUGGCUGUACUGCGACCAAACAGAGGAGACAAAGACUACUUCUCACUCAAGACAGUUGACAUGAAGAGGAUGCCAUGCAAAAAGUAAAAAAAGAAAAAAUAGAAAAAGAAGAAGAGAAUUUAAAAUAAAUAAAAAUCAUUGGAGUCAACCAUGUCAAUUGUUAUUCUAAUCGUAAGUAUUUGUGGUCGUGAAGAUUUUUCAUUCCUAUCAGUGUCUGACCUGAAAUGCAAAAUGCAUUCGUCUCUUGUGUCGGCUAUCUUGGUUUGUAGCCCUGGGUUGUGAGUCUGUAAAUGCCAUGACUGAAGCAUGCCAAUUUUUAUACA